AAAUGAUGGUGUUUGUGUGGGGAAUGGCUGGAAAAAUACGGGGAUGAUGAAGGAGUUCUUUUGGGUAUUUUCAAUGGAAGAAAAGAGUAAGAUUAAGAGGAGAAAUGGGGAGGUAUGAAAUGGGAGAAAAUCAGGGAUGGAUAAACCAAGUUGGUGUUUAAGAGAUAUUACACACUCUUAUCCUAACUUGGGGUUUGAAUCUAGAAUUUAAUUAAGAUAUGACACACUUAAUCAAAUAUCUAGAACCUAAAACUCACACUUAAGAUAACCACUCUUAAGAUAUAGAAUUAGGAAUUUGGCUAAAAUAGCAUCACACUAUUUUAAUAAUACUCAAAGAUCUACAAGCCAAUCUUUUCAAAGGCAACAGAAGAUCAGAUGGUUCUCACCACUGAAGCACAGGCUAACAUGGAAGCCAUAGCAGAGGAUUUCCAAAAUUUUCCGGAAACCUUCCCUGCUUUUGAAGCUGGUGUUGCAGAACAGAACCAGGAAGCAUCAGAGGAAGAACUUCAGCAACUCCUCCAAUCUCAAGUUCUAGAGAUCCUCACAACUCCUUGUGAGAUCUCCAAAUCAACUGAACUUGAGAUUCCGGAGAAGUCAAAUGAAAAUCUGGAGAAGUCCACUCCUCCAGAAACAAAUGAAGCUCUUCAGGAAGACUCAGCAGUUGAAGUCCAGAGAAGUUUUGCAGAAGCUGAAGGAGAAGUUCAAAUAGCUAGGCUGGAGGCCUCUGAACCUCCAGUAACUAUCCUGGAGCAGCAAGCUAAAGAUGAAGUCAGAGAUUCCCUCUCUAGAGAAACUUCUAAUUAUGCACAUAUGAAGAGACAGAGGAAGAACAAAACUCUAGAGAUCAUUUCUCUAUUGAGUAAGUCUGUGAGCAAUACAAUGAUGGCCUAUGCAUCUGACUGCCACCUUCAAUUCAAAGAAGCCACUGAAAUCAAGCAGCAGAUUGCCACAGUCACAGUCAACCUUCAGAAGCAGAUGUCACUCCUCCAUAUGGAUAUCAGAUCAGCCUUGGCAGUGUCAUCAGCAAACCAGGUGGUAACUCAAGAUUACCUAAAGGUUCUUGCUAACAAUCAGAAGGAAGCAUUCAGACUCUUCAGGCACUUUGGUACCUUCACUGGAAAACACAAGCUGGAAGUGAUUGUCCAACCCAGAAGUCCAUCUCAAAUUCCAAAGUUUCCGAUUGAAGUUAAACAAGGAGAACUCUCAUACAUUCCAUCACAUCUGAACAUGACGGAGCUGAUACUUGAAGCCCAGCAGAGCAAUCCGGAGAACUCAAUCAAGCAUCUAUCAAACACUAAGUUUGAUGGAACAGAAGUUGUAGGAACCAUUGUCUCCCACUUCACAAAUGAUGCCCAAACAGAAGAAAGAUAUAACAACCUCAAGCGCAUCCAGGAAGAAUGUGGAGUUAUGCAAGGCAUUGGUGAGAUUGCCGGAUCAUCCAAGCGCAAAAAGAAGUAAAGGCUCUUUUCAUCAAAACAGGGGGAAGUAUUGAAAACAUUAUUUAUGUUUUGAUGAAAACACCUUCUUGUUUAAACAUGAGCUCUUGGUUUAAACCAUGCUUCAUACAUCUUUAAAUUAUGCUUGAACAUAUUUAUUCUAAGUAUAAUUUUUGGGAUUUAUCAUUGAGCGCAUACAUUCAGGGGGGAAUGUAAUUCACGGGGAACUUAACUGUUCUUGGCUAACAAUUGUUUUUGGCAAUGAAUUAUUAAUGAACUCUAAGCAAUGGA